AUGCUCACGGGGCUGUUUGGUGUCUUAGUGUUCGUGGGUGGCCUCAUCGGCUUUGUGAACUCGGGCAGCGUGAUGUCUUUUGCGUUCGGCCUCGCAUUUGGCCUAAUGCUGGCCGUGGCGGCCUACCUCAUGAAUCACCACACCACGCGCAACAACGGCUACCUCCUGUCCUUGGGCCUGCUUGGUGCUCUGGCGCUGGUGAUGCUGUACCGCUACUCGUUGGCCUUCAAGUUUAUGCCGGCCGGCCUGGUGGCCCUGCUCUCCGGCGCCCUCUUCAUCCACAACCUCAGGCAGCGAACUGCGAGUGUGCGUCACUAG